CUAAUUUACUCUUGGUUUCAGAGAAUUCUAACCUGAGAUGGACAACAGUAAUUGCAAAGUCACUGCUCCUCUCCUCAGCCACAGACCCCGGAGGAUGGUCACCAAGGAUGGCCACAGCACACUUCAAAUGGAUGGUGCUCAGCGAGGUCUCGCCUAUCUCCGAGAUGCUUGGGGGGUCCUAAUGGACAUGCGCUGGCGCUGGAUGAUGCUGGUUUUUUCUGCUUCUUUUGUCGUCCACUGGCUUGUCUUUGCAGUGCUCUGGUAUGUCCUAGCGGAGAUGAAUGGUGACCUGGAACUAGAUCAUGAUGCCCCCCCUGAAAACCACACUAUCUGUGUCAAGUACAUCACCAGUUUCACAGCUGCCUUCUCUUUCUCCCUGGAGACACAACUCACAAUUGGCUAUGGUACCAUGUUCCCCAGUGGAGACUGCCCAAGUGCAAUCGCCUUACUUGCCAUACAAAUGCUCCUAGGCCUCAUGCUAGAGGCUUUUAUAACAGGUGCCUUUGUGGCGAAGAUUGCCCGACCAAAAAAUCGAGCUUUCUCAAUUCGCUUCACUGACCUAGCAGUAGUAGCUCACAUGGACGGCAAACCAAAUCUUAUCUUCCAAGUGGCUAACACUCGACCCAGCCCCUUAACCAGCGUCCGAGUCUCGGCUGUCCUCUACCAGGAAAAGGCUAAUGGGCAGUUCUACCAGACCAGUGUGGACUUCCACCUGGACGGCAUCAGUUCGGAGGAAUGCCCAUUCUUUAUCUUUCCACUAACCUACUAUCACUCCAUCACGCCAGCAAGUCCCCUGGCCACUCUACUGCAGCACGACAAUCCUGCCCACUUUGAACUGGUCGUGUUCCUCUCAGCGAUGCAGGAAGGCACGGGGGAGAUAUGCCAGCGCAGGACGUCCUACCUGCCCUCUGAGAUCAUGCUCCAUCACUGCUUCGCAUCUCUGCUAACCCGAGGCUCUAAAGGCGAAUAUCAAAUCAAGAUGGAGAAUUUUGACAAGACCAUUCCUGAACUUCCAGCUCCUCUUAUCUCUAAGAGCCCAAACAGGACUGGUGUGGACAUCCGUAUCAAUGGACAAAGCAUUGACAACUUUCAGAUAUCUGAAACCGGACUUACAGAAUGA